CGACAAUGUCUUCACCAAUCUACUACAGCCAAGAGAGUGUGAUCCGCUUCAAGAAAAGAAAGGCCCGUUUCUCCUUCAGCGAAGUCCACAUACUGCUGGAUGAAGUGAGGAAGCACCGGAUGGUUGUCGUGGGUCUAUAACAGGAUCUGUUGAAAAAUGGAGGAACGUGGCCAUCUGGAACAAAGGGGCUCGAAAGGUCGAAAAGUGAGCAAACAACAGAGGCGAAGUUUUGAUGCCAAGUUUAAAUUGAUGGCAAUCAAAGCAGCAGAGGCAACGAACAACUGCCAAGCGGCCAAGAAGUAUGGUGUAACGGAGGGCCACGUCCGAAAAUGGCGAGUACAGAAAGAACGCCUAAAGAAUGCUAACACUAUGAGAAAAGCUUUCCGCGGUCCCAAGAGUGGACGCUUCAGAGAGAUUGAAAGAAGGGUGAGGGAAUAUGUUAUUGAAAAACGGAAAGAAGGAAUGCCCAUCUCCAGAGCCAUGAUUCAGCUGAAGGCACGGGAAUUAGCCGACGAAUUCAAAAUCCCGCCCACCGAGUUCAAAGCGAGUCUCGGCUGGUGUAAGAGAAUGAUACGGCGAAGUGGAUUAGUAUUAAGACACAGAACACGCAGAACAAGCAGAACAAGCCUUGUCCAAUGCUUGCCCUCUGACUUCAAGGAAAAACUACUGUCAUGUCAGCGGUAUGUGCACGAGUUAAGAAAGAAACAUCACUACCCCUUGGAUCAGAUGGGAUACGCUGGUCAAACACCUGUUCAUUUUGACAUGCCAUCACCUGUCACCGUGGAAAAGAAAGGAAAAGUCCCUGUCAAGUCGACUGAUAAUGAGAAAAACAGGAUUACAGUGAUGUUGGCGUGCCUUGCUGAUGGUACAAAACUGCCCCCAUAUGUGGUUUUACAAGGAAAGACGAUACCUGAGGAGCCCACGCCACCUGGUAUUAUUGUUCGAGCUCAGGAAAUGGGCUGGAUCGGGACAGAGCUCAUGGUGGACUGGCUCAAGGCUGUGUGGGGCCGACGGCGCGGGUGGCUCAGAAAAACAAGAAACAUGCUGAUGUUGGACGCUUUCCGUGGACCCUUGACUGAGCCUGUCGAAAAGCAGCUACGCUCUAUGAACGGAGACCUAGUGAUCAUCCCAGGGGGGAUGACAAACCAGCUAGAGGUGCUUGACGUUGUCGUCAACAAGCCAUUUAAGGAUACCCUGCACAAGAAAUACACAGAGUGGCUCCCGUCUGCAGAUCAGGCACCGACGCCGACUGGAGGGAUCCAGCAGCCUGCCGUUCCUUUGCUCUGUGAAUGGGUCCUACAGGCAUGGGAUGCUGUUUCAUCAGAGAGCAUCAUCAACGGCUUCAAGAAAUUUUGCGCUUCCAACGCAAUGGAUGGCAGCGAGGAUGAUGUUCUGUGGGAGGAGGCGGGGCCCGCGGAACAACCUGAGGACGACUGGAGUGAUGGCAGCCAGGACGAUGCGGGCCCCGCGGAUCAACCUGAGGAUGACUGGAGUGUUGGCAGCCAGGACGAUGUUCUGUUGGAGGAGGCGGGGCCCGCGGAACAACCUGAGGACGACUGGAGUGAUGGCAGCCAGGACGAUGUUCUGUUGGAGGAGGCGGGGCCCGCGGAACAACCUGAGGACGACUGGAGUGAUGAGAGCGACAGUGAGCCCAGUGAGGCAGAAGAUCCCAGCAAAUUCAACCGCGGCGUGCCAGCGGACAUGAAAAAGCAAACGUGGGCGGAGAUCACGGCGCGCGUCAACGAGAUCGGCGAGUGUCAGCGGGAGGUCAUGGAGGUCAUCAAGAAGUGGUCGGACCUGAAGUGCGACACCAAGCGGAAAGUGGCGGCCAUGCAGGCGGGGACGGUCCCCAACAGAGGCCUCAACUCGCGCCUUUCCCGAGACCUCAAUCCAACAGAGAAGAUCGUGCUGCAGAUCCUGGAGAUGGGGGCGGAGGACCAGAGCUCCGACGACUUCGGCCCGCUGGGCGACGACGACGACGUGCCGGAGGAGGAGGAAGAGAUGGAAGACGAGGACAUGAUGAAGAUGCAGAGUUCACCGUCGAACAGCGGCUUGGAGACGGAGUCCAUGCCUCUGCCAUCUUCAUCCCACAUGAGCGGAAACACACAGACAGGAGACACGCCGCAGCCUUCCUCGGAUGGCCAAGAAGAAGCCGUUCCCUCUGAAGAGAUGGAGCCUAUUUUUCCAGACUCGGACGAGGACGGGCGGGACGACGAUCUUCCUUCAACUCAGACGACGAAACCAGCCGAGGACCACCAAGCCAACAACGGCGUCCAGAAGGAGGCUCCUCCUCCCCCUCCUCCCGCCGCCUUGCCGCCUGCGCUGCCGGAAGCGCUCCCCGCCGCCGCCCCGCCGCCGCAGAGCUCCAGGGACAGCAUGCUGCAGAACGCCUCGCUCAGCCUGCAGGAGCAGCACGCCACCAACCUGCUGCUGGAGACCGUGUCGCGCUCGCUGGAGCUGCUGUCCGAGUCGGUGCAGCAGCUGGCCGAGACGCAGCAGGAGUUCGUGCGCGAGUCGCUGCAGCUGCAGCGCGAGACGGUGCAGGUUCUCAGAGACUUCACGGGCGGCGCCAUCGCGCUCAUGCACGACAAACUGAACGGGCGGCCGGCGUUAUAACGGCGCCGCGUCCCCAGAUCUCUUUAAGUUGCAACACUGAGUCCAUCCUCGGCCUUCAGGCGCAGGAACGUGCGCCUGUCUCUUCCUCUGGACUUUAUAGUGCUCAACAGUGGUUACAUUUUGAAACUGUCAGUAGAAACAUUGUAGGGCUGGUGUUGCUGUAUGUGCGGUUACAAGAACCCGGAUUAGGAAAACACCCAACAUUAGCCAGAACAAAAGGCCUGGAUUAACUUUUAGUUUUCCUUUUGCUACUGAAAUUGAGACUCAUACACUUACAUUUUUUUAUCGACAAAACACCACAUUUAAAGCUUUUUCAGUCUUCUAAUCAUGCAAAGUUUUUAUUUGAAACGGUUCUAAAGACUGUGGCUGUUGUUCAUGUUCUGCUUCGGGGUUCCGUCGGUGUCCUGAGAUGAUCGCAUGUACUGUAACGAGAGCGGACGUCUGCGCCUGACCAUUAUAUGGUUCUUAUGUCUGAGAGCUAAACGCUGAGUGUCGGGUUGGAAGUGAAAACUCUGUGAUUGUCUGACUUAGUUUUUCUUUUUUCUUUUUUUUUUACAGUGCAAACACUUGAAUAUAAAAUUUCCAGUGAGUUCUUCCAAAUAAAGUCCUCAUGUAAUUA